AUGAAGCGAUUAGGACUUGUGGUUCUGUGGCUGACUUUCGGCACCUCGGCACUUCGUUUGAGCGAUUCGGUUCUCGACUUACAUCUCACUGACGAGCAGCUCCUCCAACUCUCGCUUCACCCAAACCAGGCGGCUAUCGACGAUUGCGUGGCACAGGAUUUGGACCUUGCUCAGCGAGGCUUCAACAUGCAGCUGAACAUGCCGCAAAAUCUCAACUUCCUAAAUGCGACCACUCUUUGGGGAAUGAUCGGCGCGUUUAUCAAAGAUGCCGACUCGCUUGUCACCGUUUGCCAAGCUCGGCAAAUGUUCUAUGACACUUUACGCACCGAGUACGACAGCUGCAUGGAUCCGAGCUAUCUGAUCAACUCCGGUGGAGCGCCGGUGAACACGGCGAUGUUGUAUGUGCAUAUGAUGCGCCAUCUCGAGUUCAUGUGUGGAGGAGGGUUUGGAGUUUACACCGAUGACAUGGAUUGUUUCCUGAAAAACGACAACGAUCCGUCGCUGGACCCAUGCUUUCAGACUUUCAACCAAACCAUUCAUCAAGACUACAAUCAACUCUGCCCAGCGGUGAAUACUUAUAUGAAUUGCAUGAAUGAUGGAUAUGUGAAACUUUGUGGGAACGUGGCUGGUUGGACGAUGUGCGAGUAUGAAAGAGUUGGGUACGCUUGGAAUUGCCCAGGACUGCGCUGCUAUCUCACUCAAAAU